GCCUGUUUCAGCGAUUGUGAUACCUUCCAGAGGGCAGCAGGAACUCCAUUCGACAUAACCUGAUGGUUGGAACUCAUCGUUGAGGCGUUGAAUCGCAUCAUGGCGGCUGUGACGGUGAGGCGAUGAAUGCCGCCAUGACUGAUCAAUCAAGAGGUCCUCUGUGUUCGGUUUGUCUGACAAACAGGACGUUAGCAUGAAAUGGCCGCAGCAGAGAGGUACACACAACGCGCACGCAACAGACCACAGAUGCACAGAGGUGUGCUGUGCUGUCUGUCAUGUGUUGCAGCCGUGUUGGUGGACGGGAUGGUCAAGAGAGCAUGGCGGCUGGCCUGCCGCGACGCGACCCUCAUGCGGGCGGUGCGGCUGCUGGACGUGUGCCGCGCAGACAAACUCAUCGACACGAACAACGCCGAACAGGCAAAGAGAUCUGAAUGACAGACAGAGAGCAGCGACUCACGGGAUGUGUGUGUCACUUGGCUGGCUACUGACACACAGGUAGCAAAUGCGUGUGUGGCCGCCUGCGUCGAGCGGCUGGAGCCACACCUGCUGAUGGACGACAUGCCGGAUGACCCGACACACACACAGGCACAGGUAUUGAAACACAGACACAGACACGCACGCACACCUGCGCAGCGCCGACCUGUCUGUCUGUCUGUCUGUCUGUUUGGCUCUGUGUGUGCAGGUGGUGUGCCGUGCGGCGGCUGAUAGUUCUGUGUGCGGUAUUGAGUGUCUGGAGAAGCUGUUCACUGCUGCCGGCAUGGACACCCACGGCCGCCUGUUCUCAUUCGCCAAAUACCUCAUGGUGAGUCGGGCAGCCAGCCACACACACACACCGCCAGCCAUCGAAUGGCUUCUCCCUGUCUGUCUGUCUGUCUGUCUGUCUGUGUGUGCAGUUCUUGUCGAUCUGUGACAUCGAUUUGGCCGGGUGCGAUGUCCCCCUGCUGGCCGCCACGGCCGUCUACAUCACACGCAAGACCAACCAGAAGCAGAUAGCGGGCGGCAUAUGGGUGAGCCAAAUUUGAAGCGACACGUGUCAUGAUGUAUCUAAGGCCUGUGUGUGUGGGUUCGUGUGUCCGAUUGUUCAUUGUCAGAGUGCGGCCCUUGCGAGUCAGAGUUCGUUUAGCGAGUCGGUGUUGGAGUCGAGCAUGACGACGUUGAGGAUGCAGCGGCUCAUGUGGGGCGACACACAGACCACCAAAGGGGUGAGCAUGUCAGGAGACCAGCAGCACAGCACCGUAUUGAUGUCAUUGUGUGUCGUUUGUGUGUGUGUGCAGAUCGUGACCGAUGCAGUAGAUGAGAUGUUCGCCUCGCCCGACCGCCACGGCGUCGCAUCGACACACAAACACUCGCAGCAAGAGCAGCAGCAGCAGGUGGGUGGGUGGUGAGACAUUGCAUUCCAUGUCUUCGUGUGCAGGUAUCUGUCUGGUGGCUGUGGCGCCUCUGCUGUCAAGUGUGGUCAUGGUGUUGCGGGCGGCCCUCAGCCGACGAGCAGCACCCCCUCGCCCACCUCUUCGCAGAGGAUCGGUACCGCAUCCCGGACAUCAGCACCACAGUGGCGCUGAGGGCAGCCUCACGAGACAUCAGAGACGCCUUCUCGUCAGACCAGCUGCGCAGCCGACUGGACCACUCACUGAGCCGUGAUGGCGACGGCAUCAACACUCAGCAGCUGCAGCUGGUGCGGUUCGACCCAUCGCUGGGGAUGGGUGACCUGCUGGCGGCGGUGUGGGUAGCCGAGGAGGGCGGGCGGUGGGAUGAGACGGGGGAGGUGCUGCAGCUGGCCAGCCAGUGCGGCGACUGCACGCUGCCUCUCAGCCUCACGGCAGACGACAUCAACACACACUGGAGCAAGACGGUGGGGCACACACAUAGAGGGGGGGCGAAGAGAAGGCAGAGAGGCCUCAUCCUCUCUCUCUCGCUCUGUGUGUGUGUGUGUGUGUCGUGUAGGUGUACAUGGCGCUUCCCCGUGUGUUGGCGCAGCUCAUGGUGGUCGGCCGCCAUGUGCGGUUCGAGAACGGCAGCCGCCUGCGUCUCUUCCGCCGUGCCAACGGUGAGGUGCGGGGGCCCAUCGAGCCCGGCUUCCAGCUGGUCUUCAACCCGCCCCUCGCUGCCGGCCAUCUGUAUCAGCGGAACCGACUAGAGCAUGACCCGCCAGUGCGCAGCCGCAUCUACUGGGACAAAUUCGGCGGCGGAUGGGUGGUGUCGCACGCUAUCGACUUUGGGGCCGAUCCGUCGGAGUACACCGAAGCGUCGGUGUCGUCGUUCGCUAAGGGCAAGAUCUACGACCACUUCUACAAGACUCACCCGAUCAAUCGCACAUCGAUACGAUCCAACAGGUCUCACAUCAAUGGCACCAAUGGUUGAGAGGGGUGCGUGUGUGAUUGUGUGUGUUUGAUUCAGGCGGGUUGCUGGCGGCCGUCUGGAUGGCCUCCUCACCCAGUCGCCCCACACACCGGUGGCCGGAUGCACCACCAAUUCAGCAACAGUGCUGCGCGGGUGCGGUUUCUGGUGCUCACCGACAGCAGCCACAAGUUCGUCGCGUGGAUUACCAUUGAGGUUUUGGGUGGGUGGUCGACAACCGCACAUAUGGGAGACGACAAUGGUCAGGCCGACAGACAGGCAGCUCAGGCGGUGGUCAAAUGUCAUGUGAUUUCUGUCUGACUGUCUGCAGUGAGGGUUCGUGUCGACGUUUGGACGACCGAGGAGCCUGUGUGUGCGAGCGGUGCCUUCAAAGACCGCUUCCCCGUCACCACUCGGCUGGCCCGUGUGGCGCUGGCUCGAGUGGCGCCAUACGUCUUCGACGGCCAAGUAGACGACGACAGCGACGAUGAUGACGGUGCGGUCAGAGGGAGGGAGGGAUACACAUACAUGGUGGCCAUGGAUGUGUGGAUGGAUGUAUGGCAUUUCUUCUCUGUCUGUGUUUGUGUGUGGUGUAGAUUCCGACGGCCAUGGCGGUGGCUGGGAUGAUCUGGAUGACGACAGCGACGGAGAGGACAGCGGAGGUACACAUGAGGGAGGGACACACACAGCGGACGACAGAUAAACUCACACCGACCCGCGUCACAUCCAGGUAUGUGUGGGUGUGUGUCUUCUUGACAGCCGAGGAGGAGAGCGACGACUGAUCAACCCAACUCAAAUACCGGACCACCACACGUACCCACACACACCACAGUGUGUUCGAAUCUUCUGUCUGUAUGGGUGUCACGUCACCUGUUUGUGUGUUUGUCUUGGCAGAGUGUUUGCAGUACCGUCUGUGGCUGCUGGAUGCCCGAAUCGACUGAUGGCUGUGUGUGGUAGAGAGAGAUCGUAUACCGCCCACUCUGUGGAGAGACCAGCUGCUGAUGUCACCCAAUGGCUGUGGGUGGGGGACCUGCCUGCGCAGCGUUGCGCAGGCAGGUCCCCUCUCUCCCUCCCUCUCUGUUGAUAUGCGCCUGUCUGGGUGGCUGGCUGCCUGGCUGUGGGGGUGGGGCUGGUGUGUUGCCUUCCACUGCUGGCCGGUUUUGACCUGGUGGUUCGGCCGGUGUGUGUGUGUGUGUGAGUGUGUGGGUGUGUGAGGCCUGUUCGCCUGACUAGCUGCCUGGGUGAGCCACAUGGAGUGAGACCUUCUUACAUGGUAUUAGUGGCACACAUGCCCCUCUCCAGGUUUCUCCCACCACCCGAUGGCUAGAUGGAUGCCUGGAUAAAUGGUCUGCCUCUUCCUCUCCUCGUGAUACGUAAUGCUCUCACUCGUUUCCUUACACCUCUCUGCCGGUCUGUCUGCCUGUCUGGCUCGCUCGUCCCUUUCUGGCUGUCUGUCCACUCCGCCCCUCCCUCCCCUCCGAUUGCCCCCACUCAUGUGCAUUGGCCGACCAGACCGGUGAGGUGUGUGGGUCGGAGAGAGAGGACGGAGGACAGACAGCACCAGAGGGAGAUGGGCGGACAGAAGGCAAGGCAAGGCACACACACGGUGGCCUGAUUGAAGUGUGAGGGCUGUAGCUGCCGAUGCCCU